CGGAGGGGUCUUAAUGCGCAACGAAGGAUUUCGCACUCUCUUUCCUAUGGAAGAUAUUGCAGUGAUGGGAAUCUGGGAAUUGUUGCCACAUCUGAAUAAAAUCAGGAUUAGAUUGAAGCAAACAGUAGAAGCAGCUAGACUUUUUCAGCCUCAUGUUGUCGUGACAGUUGACUCAAAAGGAUUCUCUUUUCGAUUCUUGAAGCAGUUGAAAGCUAGAUAUGCUUGGAAAGAUGAUAGUCCUGUUCAUGUACAUUAUGUUACACCUUCAUUUUGGGCAUGGAAAGGCGGUGAGACUAGGCUCAAAGGGCUAUGUGAAUUUAUAGACCAUAUCUUGUGUAUCCUUCCUUUUGAAGAAGAAAUUUGUAGAUUAAAUGGGUUAUCUGCUACAUAUGUUGGGCAUCCGCUUCUGGAAGAUGAUCUCAAUUUGGAUCAGGAGCUCACUCCAUUCUCACAUAAACGGAAGUUCAAAGGAAAUGGUGAUGAUUUUCUUCAUAAACAUGGACUCCUUCGAGGAAGCCCACUUAUCACCUUACUUCCUGGAAGCAGAUUACAAGAGGUUACGCGAAUGCUACCGCUUUUCUUACGAACAGUGGAACAAAUGAAGGAUGCUUUCCCAGAGUUGUCAAUUGUUAUUCCAGUUGCACCAAACUACCAUGUGGAGACCUACAUUGAAAAGGAGAUUCAACAAUGGUCGUUGUCAGUCUUAACAAUAUUAAUACCCGGGGCUUCUACAUAUGAAAAAUAUGAUGCAUUUAGUGCAAGUAAUGCAGCAGUAUGUACUUCUGGAUCAGCUGUCAUGGAAUUGCAGCUUGUAGGAUUGCCCUGUGUUAUUGCAUACCGAGCACAUCUUUUGACAGAGUGGCUAAUUCGACUACGGACAAAGUUACAAUUUAUCUCCCUUCCAAAUAUUCUGUUAGAUUCACCUAUUAUUCCAGAAUAUCUUUUUGGUGAAUGCACAUCUAAUAAUCUAGCAUCAGUCCUCAGAAAACUGAUUCUUGAUGACUCUGCUCGGCAACAGCAGAUUGCUUCAGCUGAGCAGCUCUUUGAUCUCCUCUGCAGGCCAUUAUGUGGGGUUAUGUCAAGUAAUUGCUGCUGUCCUAGCUUAAUUGCUGCAUCAGCUAUUUUACAGGCUCAAAGGCAGCAGUGAGCGAAAUUUGGCUGCAGUUCUCUUUUGCUGUUUAUUUGCUCCCUUAGGCCUUGUUUGGUAAGUGAGAAUGGAUUAGAGCAAGGAAUGAAAUGCUCAUUUCCAUUCUCAUAUUUGAAUGUAAUUUAGAGAAUAAAAGCGGGAAUGGACAUAUUUUUUUUUAAUUCUCACUUAAAUGGGAAUGUACAUUCUCAACCAUGUUAUUAGGAAUGCUCAUUUCUCUA